AAGCAAGCCACUGGCCUGCUACCCCUCUACGCGCAGGGAUCCCGGUGAUCGAUGGAGGCGUGCCUGUCAAAGAGCCUUGUGACAAACCACGAAGGUUGAGUGGUGGCCUAGAGCUGCUCCGUACGAAGGUUGUCUUUCUUGCAUCAGGUAUCGGAUCAUUCACCUUCUUCUUCUACGUUUAAUGUUUCCAUUCUCAAGCUCAUCCUUUGUUUCUUCACCCCCCUUCCCUACCAAGUAAAUCCUGCAUUUUCUCACGAGCAACCAGACCAGCACUUUCAGCAUCUCUUUGUUGGACCCCGCUUCGCCUGUACCUAUCACGGUUCUCAGAACCAACCAAACCAACCAGCCACAAUGAAUUUGCUUUACUCGACGGUCAACACGAUUCGGGACAAGUACACGCCCGUGUCGCAUACCUCGACGUUUCGUAAGACCGGUCAGAUUACACCCGAGGAGUUUGUUGCCGCAGGCGAUUACCUAGUCUUCAAGUUCCCCACCUGGCAGUGGGCUGCGGCCGACUCUGAGUCCAAGCGAGCUGCCCAUCUACCCGUCGAAAAGCAAUAUCUUGUGACGCGCAACGUGCCUUGCCACCGUCGUCUCGAUGACGACUUUGCUGGUGAUGCUGGCCAUGAGGAAGCGGUGGUUGGCGAUGGCGAUGACUUCAAAUCCAAGGGUCAAGCUAAUGACGAUGAUGGUUGGUUGCGCACUGGUGGUCUGAGCAGCUCACAACCCCUAAAGGCACGCGAUGUUCGGACGGUCGACGAUGCGGGUAACAUCGGACACAUAGAGGAGGAGGAUGAGAUUCCAGACAUGGAAGACGAAGAGGACGAUGACGAGGCGAUCAUUAGAGAUACCGAUGCGCGCAAGAAGACAGGCGCCCGUCGCACUUACACUCUUUACAUUAUGUAUUCGCCGUAUUACCGCACUCCUCGUCUCUACUUGUCGGGCUACUCGGAAGGACAACCGCUUGCUCCGCAACUGAUGAUGGAGGACAUUGUUGGCGACUACAAGGACAAGACAGUUACUUUGGAGGACUUCCCCUUUUUCGCUCACAAUGUCAAGAUGGCCAGUGUGCACCCAUGCAAGCAUGCAUCCGUUAUGAAGACGCUUCUGGAUCGUGCCGAUGCAGCCCUGAAGAUCCGACGGGACAAGAUGAAGGCUGGCAAGUCUGUUGGCCAUGACGCGGGCAUGGAAGGCCUGGUCGACGAGAUCAACAAACUCGACGUGAAGAGCGCCGAGGCCGCCGCAGAGUCUAGCAAUGAUGAAUGGGAGGAAGUUGAGGCUGAGGAUCAGGAGGUAGCUAUUCGCGUCGACCAAUACCUGGUCGUCUUCCUCAAGUUCAUGGCGAGUGUUACACCUGGCAUCGAACACGACUUCACGAUGGGCGUAUAAGUGAUGAUGUUUCCUCGGUUCUUUCGUUCACGACCAGUGUUUUUACCCUGGUCCUGAAUAUGGUUUCAUGUUGUAGUCGUAAUGCCGCAAGACUUUGAUGCCAUUUGCAGCUUAAGGCGUUGGAACGGUUGGAUGCGGCAGCUAUGGAUAGAGCAAACUGGUGGUUGCGUUUCUAGAGUUGAUUGAUACUAAGCCCUGUCUAAUACACAGCAUUGUCAUGUAACGAUACAUUUGUUCUGUGACUGGUUCCUCCGGAUUUUGCCCCUUUAGCUCGAUGACGGCUUGUUAUGUCACAUACACUGGGCAAGUACACUACAGCACAGCAGGGCAACUGCUGGAAUGAUAAGCCAUACUGUAGCUUGGACAGGGCGUCACAGAUGAUUAAAAACCUCGGGUUCGGCAAGUCAAGU